AUGUCUGUAGUCUGCAGAGAUUUGCUAUGUUUGCUGAAUAGCGAAAAGAAUUGUGACGUCCUUCUCUGCGUGGGUGAGGAAGGACAUACAAAAGAGUUCAAAGCACAUUCGCUCAUUCUAUGUGCACGUUCGACUUACUUUGCUGCAGCUUUCGGUGAAGAAUGGGUAAAGAAAGAAGAUAACAAGUAUAUUCUCAACAAACCAAAUGUGACUCCUACCACUAUGGAUUUCAUUCUGAGAUAUUUGUACGGUGGCGUGGUCGAUUUUGCCUCUCAACGUGCAUCAGUUGUUUUUGAUGUAUUGAUGGCUACAGACGAGUUGGAAUUAUUGGAGCUAUUGAAUGAUGUACAGCAGUACAUUAUAGAGAAGAAGGAUGAAUUCUUGAGCGAUAAUCCGGUUAAAAUUCUUGGGAAAAUCUGGCUCCACGAAGCUUUUAUUCCUUUACAUGACUUGGACUUACCAGAAGUAUUCAUCUGGCGCAGGCUGCUAGAGUGGGGCAUAGCACAAAAUGUUGAGUUAACUUCGACGAGCGAUAUUAGCAGCUGGACGAAGGAUGAUUUCGUAAACCUAGAAAAGACGUUGCAUCAAUGUCUUCGUCAUAUUAGAUAUCAUAAUUUUCAACCACAAGAAUUUCAUGAUAUCGUCAUGCCGUACAAAAAAUUGUUACCUAAAGAUGUUAGGGACGAUAUCAUUCGCUAUCAUAUGGUUCCAGAAAAGAAUACGUCUCAAUGGAAGCCUCGAACAGGCACGAAAGAUCACAGUAUAAAAAUCGACUCUCUCAUCAUGAAAGAUUUGCAGAUUGACCUAAUUUCCUUGUGGAUCGACACAAACAAAUAUUUUGCGCAUAAGAGAUUUCGAUACGAAUUAUUGCUUCGAGGUACAAGAGAUGGCUUCCAUAAUCCCAAAUUCCAUAAUCUCUGUGAUAACAAGGGGCCGACGCUGAUUGUCUGUAAGCCUAGCUCGGGUAACGCAAUCAUCGGAGGUUACAAUCCUUUGGAUUGGAUUUCCAGCAGCGGAACAUACGGAAACACCGACAGAAGUUUUUUGUUUCAUAUCAAAGAUAUUGAUGACCUCAAUUCCGCAGCACAUACACCGUGUAUUGUCAUACUUCAUAUGGUCCAUGUUUUGGCGGAACAUCAGACUUAUCUGCAAACGGUACUAAUUGGUCAUCAAGCUCUAGUUAUUAUCCCGAUAUAG